AUGGCCUUCGCAUUACUAACUUCAGUGGCACCAGUUUAUGGACUCUACACAUCAUUCUUUCCUGUUGUCCUCUACAUGUUGCUUGGGACUGGACAUCAUGUUUCUACUGGUACCUUUGCUGUGCUAAGUCUGAUGACUGGCUCAGUUAUUGAUGAGCAUCUUGUCCAGAAUCCUUUGGAUAGAAACCUCACUGGAGAGGAGCAGUUGGAGAUCUACGCACAGAGAAUAGGCAUGGCAGCGGCUAUAGCCUUUCUCAUGGGACUUAUCAUGGUGAUCAUGUUUGUUCUACAGCUUGGCUUCCUCUCCACGUACUUGUCUGAGCCCAUAGUGAAAGCUUUCACCAAUGCUGCUGCAUUCCAUGUGACAAUCUCCCAAAUACAAAACAUGAUGGGGCUUCCUCUUCCUCGUCACACAGGACAUUUCACCAUUUUUAAGACCCUGGCAUCUGUCUUUAAAGCUGUACAUAUGACCAAUGUAGCCGAAUUGAUUAUAUCCUUUCUCUGUUUGAUGGUGCUAAUUCCCAUCAAGGAGCUCAACGCCCGCUUCCGUACUAGGCUAAGGACACCUAUUCCAGGGGAAAUCAUCAUGGUUCUACUCACUACUGGAAUAACUUUUGCUUCAUCUCUGGACCACCGAUACAAUGUGCAAAUAGUUGGCAGCAUACCAGCUGGGUUUCCAGUGCCUAAACUUCCUACCCUGAAAGUCAUCCCUGAUGUAAUUGGAGACACAAUUGCCAUCACAUUUGUAGGUUAUGCUGUAUCUGUGUCACUGGCUAUGAUCUAUGCAGAGAAACACAGAUAUACCAUUGAUCCAAACCAGGAACUUUUGGCUCAUGGAAUAUCCAAUAUUGUCUCUUCACUCUUCAACUGUUUUCCCAGUUCGGCUACUUUGGCUACAACAAAUAUUCUCGAGAGUGCUGGAGCUUACACUCAGCUUUCAGGAUUCUUCACCAGUAGUGUGGUACUUGUUGUUCUGAUUUGGGUUGGUCCGCUAUUUAAUUACUUGCCAAAGGCAGUACUCGCAUGCAUAAAUGUUGUCAGUCUCAGACAGAUGUUCGUCCAAUUCCAGGAGCUUCCAGAAUUAUGGAAAAUCAGCAAAACUGACUUUUCUGUCUGGGUGGUGACAUGGUUGGCUGUAGUCAUACUUAAUGUAGAAGUAGGUCUGAUGGUUGGUGUUGUUUUCUCUAUGAUGACGGUGGUUUGCCGAACCCAAAGGACUCAGUGCUCCGUGUUGGGAAGAGCUGUCAAUACAGAAAUAUACCGACCAGUAGACCAAAAUGACAAGUGUUAUGAAAUACCAGGAGUGAAGAUCCUGUCCUAUAAUGCUCCAAUCUACUAUGGCAACAGGAACAUUUUUAAGGAAACAAUGUGCCAAAUUGUGGGACUGACGCAAGAAAAAAUCAGAAAGAGAGAAAAGGCGCUAAAAGCCAUGGAACAGGGGAGUAAGCUGAGUAUCUCAGUGGUGAAUGUUGGAAUAGCAAAUCCAGUUUAUAAUGCAGAUGGAUGCAAGAUAAUAUCAGAAACAGACCCUGCAAUCAGGUCGCUGAUCAUUGACUGCAGUGGUGUAAUAUUCAUUGAUAUUGCAGGAGCCCGUCUGUUUAUACAGAUGUGCAUUGAGUGCCAGAAGGCUGGAAUGCAUCUGCUGCUAUCUGGAUGUAAUGCAAAAGUUCUUAGAACAUUGGUGUCCAUUGGUAUCAUGGAUCAUCUCACUGAAGAGCAGGUCUUUAUAACUCUGCAUGAUGCUGCCUGUUAUGCUGAGCAAAAUAUGGACAGCCUCACACACAAGAAUCCAAUGGUGUGGGUUUGACCAUUUAAUUUGUUGAAGGAUAAACUCAAUGUAUGGCCAAACACUGGAUGGUGUCAGACCCAGCAGAGUACUGUGGAGUUUUAG